AGGAGGAGGAGGGGGAAGUCAUACAGGUUACCGAGCAUUUGCUGAGCACAUCACCUGCGCCUUGUCAGCCUGUAGCGCCAUGCUCGCCUAGAAGCGCUUGCCGCUCUCUGUCGGCAUACCGUCAAUAUUUUUUUUUUGGGGAAAGCUGAGCUUGCUGUCGUGUGAUUGUUUUUUUUUUUUUUUUGGUCUUCCUGGGAGUUUUGGGCAGUUUGCCGCUGAGCCGUGGACAUCCUGUCUUGACCAUCACAUCUGGACGUGCUGAUCUCUGCUUAAAGAGUCCCGCCUGUGACCCCGAUAGGAGGCUUAACCCCCCCCCAUCCGCAACCACCACCCCACCCUCUAUCUGGGUCAGAACCAAGCCCAAAGCGGCGGAGUCCCGACCGGGGCCCCGAUGUGGAAUUUCACUCUCGACCCAGUCCUUCCACCAGCCGUCCACUGAAGCCCGACUGUGGGGGGGGGGAUAAGAAGCCUAACAGAGGAGGACAGCAUCAGCACAGACGCGCCGCCAUCAUGCCAGUGGAGACCCUGCGGCCCUCAGACGGCCGCCUGCCCGGGGCCCCCUUCGCCUCGGCCAUGCCGUUCCGGUUGCUGACCAAGGGUCCCGACUAUUUCCGUCGCCAGGCGGAGCCAUCCACCCGCAAGCUGAGCGCCGUGGAGCGCCUGGAGGCGGACAAGGCCAAGUACGUGAAAAGCCAGCAGGUGGCGCUCACGCGCCAGGCGCCCGUCAAGCCGCCGAUCAUCCGGAAGCCCCUGGUACCGCCGGCCAGGAUGCUCCAGUUCCAAAUGGGCGCUCCCCCGGCCCGGAAGAGUCCCCGGUGCCCAGCCGGCGGGGACGGUGGCGGAAUGGGGGAAGGGCGCGGGAGAAGAGGACCGCCUCUCAACUUGGAUAUUUUGAACAAUCUGAUCAAUGAUGUGGGCGACGCCCCCCAGCUUUCCUCCCAGUCGUCCUCGUCCACCUCCCCGUCGUCCUCGUCCCCGUCGUCCUCGUCCCCGUCGUCCGGGGCCAAGAGCAUCGGCAGCAGCCUGGUGGCGGAGCAGGAGAGGAGCAACCGCCUCCUCAACAACCUCAAGCCGCUCAACACCGCCAGCUCUUCGCCCGCCUCCUCCUGUACCUCCUCCCACCUCGCCAACAGCCUGCGGACCCCCGCUGCCGACCCCAGCCACCGCCCUCCCCCUGUCCCGAUACGGGCGCCUCGCAUCCUUGUCCCGUCCGCCUACGGCUCCCCAAACGCGGUCACGGUGCGCAGGGUGGACGUCCGGCCCCACGCGGAUAUCAGAAAGCCCCAGAGGCCCCCGCUCAGACCGCGACAGAGCCCCCAGGGUCAAGUGCCACACCCCCAGGCGCCUCCACCGCCUCUCCCAGGCCCCCAGAACCCAGCCCCAGCUAAAACCGGCACCCAAACGAAGGCCGCCUCUCCCUAUCCGCCCCCCAGCCCCAUGCUGCUGCGCGCAGGCAUGAUCCCGCCCGCCUCGCCCGCCUUCACCCGCCUGUCCAACGCCAGCUCCAGGGGCUCGGCCCGGAAGCACCCCUCCUUGCACCGCUCCAAGUCGGACCUGAGCGACCGCUACUCCCGCGCCACGGCCGACCUGGAGCGCUUCUUCAACUACUGCGGGCUGGACCCCGACGAGGUGGAGGGCAUGGGCGGGGUGGAGCGCUUCACCCGGGCCAACUCGGACAUCGUGUCCAUCUGCAAGCUGCGGAGCGUCAGCACGCCCAGCUCGGACUGCGGGGAGGAGGCGGAGCCGGGCCGGGAGGACUACGGCCGGGACGAGGACGCCGCCGCCAGGGAGCGGGUCCCGUACGGCAUCUCGGUCAUCGAGAGGAACGCCCGCGUCAUCAAGUGGCUCUACGGGAUCCGGCAGGCGCGGGACGCUAACGGCGCCGCUUCAAACGUGUAGGGCAGAAAAGGGACUGAACGUAUGGACGCCAUUUUGGAUUUGAUGUAGAAGAGAAGACUUUUCAUCUUUUGUGGCCUUUUCUUCUCCUGAAGACUUUUACUCUCAAUACUCAAGUCUGAAAUCUACCUGGACUUCCUCAAUCGGACUUUGUACUAAAACAAAGGAAAUGUAGUUUUUACCUGGUAUUUACUUUGUAUUUACUUGGUAUUUUACUUGGUAGUUACCUUGUUUUUACCUGGUAUUUACUUU